AUGGAGCGGUCGCAGAGCCGCCUCAGUCUGUCCGCCUCCUUCGAGGCCCUGGCCAUCUACUUCCCCUGCAUGAACAGCUUCGACGAGGAGGACGCGGAUGGGGAUGGUCGAAGACUCAAAGGAGCCAUCCAGAGGAGCACAGAAACUGGGCUGGCUGUUGAAAUGCCCAGCCGGACUGUCCGUCAAGCCAGCCAUGAGUCCAUUGAGGACAGCAUGAACAGCUAUGGAUCGGAGGGAAACUUGAAUUUCAGUGGAGUCCAUCUGGCAUCUGCUGGGCAGUUUAGUGACUUCCUGGGCAGCAUGGGCCCUGCACAGUUUGUUGGGCGUCAGACCUUGGCCACCACCUCGAUGGGGGAUGUGGAAAUUGGCUUGCAAGAGCGAAACGGGCAGCUAGAAGUGGAUAUCAUUCAGGCUCGAGGACUGACACCAAAACCCGGCUCUAAAACACUGCCAGCUGCUUACAUCAAAGCUUACCUGCUAGAGAAUGGCGUGUGCAUUGCGAAAAAGAAGACAAAAGUGGCUCGCAAAUCAUUAGACCCUUUGUACAAUCAGGUGUUACUGUUUGCUGAGAGCCCCCAGGGCAAAGUAUUACAGGUGAUAGUCUGGGGAAACUAUGGAAGGAUGGAGCGCAAGCACUUCAUGGGAGUCGCCAGGGUCCUCCUGGAAGAACUGGAUUUGUCAACUUUAGCAAUUGGCUGGUACAAGCUUUUCCCAACCUCCUCGAUGGUAGAUCCCACUACAGGCCCGCUCCUGCGUCAGUCCUCACAGCUUUCCCUGGAGAGCACAGUGGGACCCUGCUGUGACAGGUCUUAG